AUGCCUUUUCAAAAAAAAAGGAAGAUUGUCGAAGAAAAUGAUUGCCCUCUUUCGAAGGUACUUCGUACAACACAAAAUGAAAAUGAAAAAAUAAUUAACAAAAAAGAAGAGGAACUUAAAAAUUGUGCCUCUAAUCCUAUUUGUGAGGGAACUGAAAUAAUUUGUAAUGCAGUUAUUGAUAACCUACCAGGUGAAUUUUUAGACAUGAAAUAUUCAGAGUUUUUAAAACAAAUGAGUGGAAUAAGUUUUAAUAUUGGUAAACCUAAUGAUACUUUAACAGCUAUUGAAAACUUAAGGAGUAGGGUUGUUAGUGGAGUUGCUUCACCAGGAGAAAUAAGUAAGUACAGAGAACUCAAAAAACUUCUUUAA